AGUACUUACUUUGUUCACUGACAGAGCGUCAGGGAAUGAAAGGGUUGUUGCUGCUGUGAGACGCUGAAUCUGUUUAGCUCAGAAAAAAUCUGGGCCCCAGCACAAGGCCAGACGACAAAAUGCCAGAGGCCUUCGUGACUCUGGCCACUAAUGUUGGCUACUGUAUGGGCAGUCUAGUGGUGGGCAAGUGUUUGCGAAGGUACGGGACCACCCGCAAACUGGUUGUGAUGGUCUCUCCCAACAUUAGUGCAGCGACGCGUUUGUCCUUAGAGGACGUCUUUGAUGAGGUCGUAGUAGUGGACGUUUUGGACAGCAGGGACCGGGCCCACCUCUUGUGCCUGGGGCGCCCAGACCUGGGCAUCACGUUCACCAAGCUCCACUGCUGGACACUGACACAGUACAGCAAGUGCGUCUUCCUGGAUGCUGAUACUCUCGUGCUGGGCAAUGUUGAUGAGCUGUUUGAACGUGAGGAGCUAUCAGCUGCUCCGGACGCAGGCUGGCCCGACUGUUUCAACUCUGGUGUGUUUGUGUUUGUACCCUCGCUGGCCACCCACACACAGCUGCUGGAGCAAGCACACCUGCACGGCAGCUUUGAUGGAGGUGAUCAGGGACUUUUAAACUCUUUUUUCAGUGACUGGGCAAUAAAAGACAUCAGUAAACAUCUGCCAUUCAUUUACAACCUCAGUGCCAAUAUGCUCUACACAUACCUCCCUGCUUUCUGCAAAUAUGGCCAUCAGGCAAAAAUUGUCCAUUUCUUGGGGAAGACCAAACCCUGGCACUUAGGAUACAACCAGCAACCAACCAGCGGUCUUCCGUCAUGGAAUUCCAACAGGAAUUUGCAGCGAUAUGUAAAUCUCUGGUGGGCGGAGUACUACAGUCAGACACAAAAGCUUUCCGAACAGCCUUCAGAACAUCCUUCCGAGCUUCGGGAUUCUGCCCCGAUUCAGCAUGAAGACGCGGGGGCGUGUUUGUCCGCUGUCCCCGCCCCUCUUCAGCUGCAGCAGGGCCGGUCCGUGUCACCGCUACGGAUGACUCCUCCUCCUCAGAGCUUGGAGAUGGACUCGAAGGUCCAGGGUGAAGAUGCGCAGACAGGCAGCCCAUCACUCGGGGAGGGGACUUUGAGUGAGUCCCCUGCAAGUUCGUGCCAGCAACCACAGGAGGUGCUAUCUGAGUCUGAGAAAGUAACUGCUAGUGACAGCGACGACUCCGACUGGUUCGGAGAUCCGGGAUGUCGCCAUUGGCCAGGAGGGUGGAGCCACAGGAACGGAGCCCGCCAAGGAGCACAGGAGAGCGAGGAGGAGAGUCGGGAACAUCGGAGGAACUGGGAGGAAGGGCGCGUUGAUUACCUGGGCAAAGACGCCUUCGAAAACAUCCGAAAAAAACUCGACCGCUUCCUCAAUUAGCCGUAUGGUUUGUGUGUCGCUGUGAACGGAUGUGUUACAAAUUCUCAUUUGCAUUAUAUGUCCAUUAUCAUUUCUACCUCUUUCCGUGAAGUAGUUCUUUGAGGGAAAUGUUUCUAGACGGUGCGUUUCUUUUUUAUUUCAGAGGCUUAUGUGGCUCCACACCGUUUCAGAAUUAGUUCAGUAAAACAUUGUGAUUUUUGUCAUUUCUCCCAAUGGUUCUAUUAAACCAACUAAGAGUCUGUAACCAGUCUAAUACUGCAGUGUUAGCUCUUGUUUACCACAAGGAGGCACUAUUUUCAGCAAUUUGCAACAAGAGCCUUCCAUAUUACGGAAACGGAGCAUAGCGUUGUUCACCAAGAGUUAAAUUAGAUCUAUAUAAAAUCCACACCAUACUGUUUAACAUCUGUAAUAUCAUUUUAGAUUACAGCAAAUCUGUUAAAUACCGUAUGUACUGAGAUAAUGGAAGUCAGAGCCAUGUGCAUCUCCUACAGGCUAGUUAACAAGUUUACUACAUACGCACUUGCCUCCUGGUCAGAAAAUUCUGGCCUGUAACCAACAAGUCCUACACGAGGCCUCACGACCUUGACCUGCAAACAGGCCAUGUCAUCUUCUGCUCUUCCCUUUGAGCUGUCUGUAUAUCCACAUCCCAUUGUUGUUGUUUACAAACAACAUCUCACUUAAUGGCCCUUGAUUUAUGGUCAGUGUUUGAAGUUGAUAACUGUUUCCCCAUCAGGCUGCUCCUCUGACCUCAGGGGCGUGGCCAUGAAAAAACGGCUUCCAGGUCCAGCAUGGACCUGCUGCUGAGACAGACGAGGAGUGGAGGGUUUGGAGUUGCACUUUGAAGGGGCUUUUCCCUCACUGGUCUGUCUUAAUAGCAACUGAGGAAUGACAGAGGGUGACUGAUCUGAAACUUACUCAUCAGAUGAAUUAUGAAUUAGAUAUGAAGAUAUGGGUUUGGCAAAAAAUAAAUAAAAAAUAAAAAUCCCCUGAA